AUGAAAAAUUAAACCAAUUAAUCGGAGAUUUGCCAAUAUUGCAAUUUGAGUGACUGUGAAUGUUCGGACCAAGAGGAUUGGGACAGUUGUGAUUCACCUAAACCAAAAACACUAUAUUCUUUCAAAGAAAUCAAUCUACAAAACAAAUCAUUAUUAGCUGAAAUCAGAAUCAUUUGCAAGAAUUUGAUCUAUGUGAUUGGUUUAGCACCCAACAUUGCCAAAGAAGAUCAAUUGAAAAAGCUGGAAUAUUUCGGUCAAUACGGAUAAAUCUAAAAAUUAAUUGUGAUCCAAAGCAACACCUUCAAUCCCCCCUCUCAUGCUGCUUAUAUUACUUAUCGAAAUGAAUAAGAAGCAUCUUUAGCAAUCUUAGUAAAUAUAAUUAAUAUUUAUUUACAAGUAAAGGCUUCCUUCGGAACCACCAAAUAUUGCACAAACUUCUUAAAGGGUCAGCAAUGUAAGAUCAAGGAUUGUGUAUACUUGCAUCAACACCCCAAAGACAAAGACUCCACACAAGUGUUAAAAAAAGAAGAAAUGAAUAACUCAAAGUGGUUAUUUUCAUAUUCAUAAAAACUAGCUCAAGCCAACUUCAAAAAGUUUUACACUAAAAUCAAUUACAAAAAUGCCCUACAAAAAUCAGUGUUCCCAACCACAUAAAAUAUUUUAGAUAAUAUGUUAAAAGAAAGAGUCGUUGAACCCAUUUAACAAUAAUAACAAUAAAUAAAUGUGUAAUGGGAAGAAAUAAAAGAAACAUAAUAAUAAUAAGAAUUCCCAUAACCCAUUUAGUAAAAGUCCAUCGACAUUGAAAAAAGAGUUGAAGCGGUCAUUCUCAAAAUGGAUGGAGAGGGCAAUAGAAACUCGAGAUUCAAAUUUACAAAUAGUGAAAAUGUCCCAUAAGAUUAUGAGGCAAUAUAAUAAAUAAAAUAAUAUCUACAAAAAUGA